AUCCGGCUUUUAUUCGCGCCGAGAAGUCCUGAGAUCCGCAGCCAUGACUCGUGGGGUCCUUCAGAUCUUUUUUGUCUCUUUGUGGCUUCUCCAGCUGAGUUGUUCCCCGACGGGUGGGCGGCCAUGCUCUCCCAGAAAUUUUGGGCACGGUUCCUUGGUCUGUGAAUGCGGGGCUGAUUAUUGUGACACUUUGGAGCCAGUCACUCUCCCAGAUUUGGGGUCUUUUGUGAAGUACGAAAGCAAUAAAGCCGGACGUCGCGUGGAGCGCAGUGAGGGUCUCCUAUUGGAUAACCCUUCGGAGAACGAUAAUCUGGUUUUGAAGCUGAAGACAUCCCAGAAGUAUCAAAAGAUCAAGGGUUUCGGGGGAGCCCUCACCGAUUCGGCUGCUAUUAAUAUCCUGAAUUUGUCCCCCAAGAGUCAGAGAAACCUGCUCAAAUCCUAUUUCUCCAGCGAAGGCAUCGAGUAUACCUUGAUCCGUGUGCCCAUGGCGAGCUGCGACUUCUCCGUGAGGCUGUACACUUACGCCGACGUGGAGAACGAUUUCGACCUGAAGAACUUCAGCCUGACGGACGAAGAUACCAAAAUGAAGAUCCCAAUCUUGCAACAAGCCCAAGCAGUCGCUUCCAGACCCCUGUUACUCUACGCCAGUCCCUGGACAUCGCCCGUAUGGAUGAAAACGAACGGUGCCAUGACUGGCCGGGGGACUCUCAAGGGCCAACCGGGCGACAGAUAUCACAAGACCUGGGCAAACUAUUUUAUCAGAUUCCUGGACGAAUACGCCAAGUAUAAUCUGACUUUCUGGGCCAUAACGGCUGGCAACGAGCCGACGGCUGGAGACAUUAUCUUCUACCCUUUCCAAUGUCUUGGAUUUUCACCCGAACACCAGCGAGAUUUCAUCGCUGAAGAUCUGGGGCCGGCUUUAGCCAACAGCAGCUACAAGGGCAUCGAGCUGAUCAUUUUGGACGACCAGAGGGUGAUGCUGCCUUACUGGGCCGAAGUGGUUCUCAAAGACCCCAAAGCUACCCAAUACAUCAACGGGAUUGGAAUCCACUGGUACCUGGACUUCUUGGCCCCCAUCGACCUGACGCUGUCCAUCACCCAUCACCUCUUCCCCAACUAUUAUCUCAUCUCCACCGAGGCCUCGACGGGCUCCUAUUUUUGGGAGCCCCGGGUGGUGCUGGGCGGCUGGGAUCGCGGCAGCAAGUACAGCCACAGCAUCCUGACGAAUCUCAACAAUUACGUCACCGGGUGGACGGACUGGAAUCUGGUUUUGGACAUGGAAGGGGGACCCAACUGGAGCAAGAAUUACGUGGACAGUCCGGUGAUUGUAGAUAAGGAGAAAGACGUCUUUUACAAACAGCCCAUGUUCUACCACAUGGCUCAUUUCAGCAAAUUCCUCCCGGAGGGGACUCAACGGAUCGAAAUCCAGAAAAGCAGCUCCUGUAGUUUGGAAUUCUCUGCUUUCCUCCGUCCAGACGGCUCGGCAGCUGUCGUGGUCUUGAACAGAUCCCCCAAGGAUAUCCCUUUCGGGAUCUCAGAUCGGGUGGGCUACAUCGAGACCAUCGCUACGGCCGACUCCAUCCAGACGUACCUCUGGCAACGUCCUACAGAGGAAUGAGGAGCUAAGAGUUUGGGGAAUGGGGGCUCAACGAAACCCCCCCACCCCCCCAGCCAGAAGCCAUUGGAAUCAAACCCUUUCUUUGCAGGAGG